AUGAGCGACAGGUGGUGCAGCAAUACCCCCAGGGAUGUAGCCACAUCGUUGAUCCAGUUGGCAAGGCUGGCACGGAUGAUGCUGCAUAAUCUGGUGCAACUGGAUGGAGACAGCCAGCAGAACCUCGAGACUUGGGACACCGCGCUCCGAGACCUUUUGAGCAUGGAGGCUCUUGAAGUGCACCUCGACUCCGACAUGCCUGAGCCGGACGAGAACAACUGGGGAAUUUGGCAGAUCUGGAACCUUGGCCGAGGUGUGGCCAAGUACGUUGUUUGCAAGACUCUCCAGAAACCCCAUAUUCGCGAGAGACUUCAUAGGCACGGUUGGGACUACGACAAUCAGAGCCCCAAGUACCACUACGAUAUCGCUCGGGAACUCUGGGGACAUCUGGUUCCCGCCUAA